CUUGGGAUUGAGUUUUUAAUCUCCUCCAUGAGCUGGUGUCCCAAAAAGUCAACCCAAAACCAAGAUUUAUCAACAACACACAAAUAUCAAUAUCUUCCAUUCCAAAUCCUAUUUCUUCCUCCUCCAAACUAAUAUCCCAAAUCAAUCCUGUAGAAUGGCAAGCUUAUGGUGCCUCUUGAUCUGCGUUAUUGUGGCGCUUGGUGCAACCUUUGGGUUCUCCAUCUUCAUCUUAUGGCUCGUUUUCAUAACCCACAAGAUCAAAUUCUAUGUCACAGACGCCACACUCACCCAAUUCAACUUCACAAACAACACCCAACUCCAUUACAACCUUGCUCUUUACUUCACUCUCACAAACCCCAACGACCAAGUCGGAAUCUUUUACGACACCAUCGAAGCAACCGCGAUGUAUAAACAUCAAAACUUUGACACCAGGUUUCUUACCCCUUUCUACCAAAGCCCAAAAGCCACCAGCUUGAUUAGAGCAAGAUUUGAAGGCCAGCACCUGGUGCCAAUCCCCAACCACAAGGUCUCCGAGUUCAAUUCUGAAAAACUUGCCGGCGCUUACGCCAUUGAUCUCAAAUUUCGGCUCUCCACAAGGUUGAAAUUUGGGGUUUUUAAAAUCGUUCGAGAAAAGCUUAAAGUAAGCUGUGGAUUCAAGGUUGCGUUGAGUUUUAAUGGGAGAUCCAUUCCUUGGUUUCAGAUCAUUGCCUGCCAUGUCGAUUAUUGAGCUCUAUUCCUAAAAUUCAUCUCAAGCGGUGCCGUUUUGGUUUGAUUUUGUAUUUGGUUAGUUGGAUGUCAUAUUCUUGACCAUGUCUAUAUUCAUAUCAAAAUAUAUCAAUUUCAAACAAAAAUCACUAAUGUGAUAAUGUAAUUUAUAAUUCUUUCAAUAUUUAUAUCAUAACUAAUAUUAUUUUUAACAAUAUCCAUCA